AUGCUUUUCCUCUCCUCCCAAGAUUACAUCCAGCAGAGACAAAAUCGUCACAUUGUACUGGCAUUCAUUCUGGCUGAUAGCGUUUGUUUGUUCAACAGGAACCACCCUCACAUAUUUAUAUUUAACCGGCCAAGUGCACGCGUAGCCCUGGCUCAUUCACUCGGUCCCAGUAGCAUCGAGCUGGUCGAAUUCAACCACACCUCCUCCACCCAACACUCUGUUGCCUCUGCCGGUUUAACAUCCCCACCACGCAACCAACACGCUGACGGGCGCCGCCCUGCCGAGAAGGACGAAACAUUAGGAACAGAGACAGCUGCUCCUCUGAUAAAGUGGUGGGAGGACGUCCAGGGUUAUUUUGCCCGGUUUAGCGGGGCUGACCAUCGGAGGAAUCCAGGGAGGACAUCGGCAUUGUCUUCUUUAGUGUUGUCCGGGAGCUUUGUACAUAGAUGGGAAGCAGAGGAAGACGCUGAAGAAGCAGGGCAUUUUGAGGAGGAGGGAGCUCCUAGGGAUCGGAAUCAGAAUAGGAAGAGCAAUACUAAACGACGACCUCGCUGGGAGACCCUACCAAUUGACAACGACAUCAUGAAAUUCUCGCAUAGUAUCCAGUUCAAUGCCGUGCCGGAUUGGAGCAGCCAUUAUAUUGCCUACAGCAAUCUCAAAAAAUUGAUAUACUCCCUUGAAAAGCAAGUCAAUCGGGUUGACGAAGCUGGCCAAAAUGUUGAGUCUGCGCCCCUUCUCGACUCCUCCCUCGACACUGAUACCGUAUUCCGCCGUGCCCUUGAUGGGGAGUUAGAAAAGAUAUGUACUUUCUACCGUCAAACUGAAACGGAGCUCUACACGGAGGUUGAGAACGUCAUCAAGGAUGAGCAGUCGUUCAUUGAAGAAACGAAAGGGUUGGAUAUGGAUUCCGUUGAAGACACCAUGGUCCGAACCCGAAAGCUUAGCACCGGUGGUUGGGUUCGUCAUGAAAGCAUUUUCCGCAGUUUUGGUUUUGGUGGAGGUGAAGGUGGAGGCGAGGGUGGUGGUGGUGGCGGGCAACGCAGGGAUGCCCGUGCUAGCACCCACAGCGUGUCUGCGGAUGGUGACGAUGCGCCUAAUAACGACGAUGUUUCAAGUGACGAUGAUGUUGAUAUUGAUGAACCCCGGGGUCGAGAUGGUCGCCGUCGCUCCAGUUGGAAGAACUAUCACAAAUAUUAUCGCGAACCAUUCCACUGCACCGCGAGCGAUAAUGGCGAAUCGAGGAUCUUGUCCGGUGGCCUGGACCAUGACCAUGAUUUCCUCUUCGAUUCUAACUACUCUGCCUUGUAUCAUACUGGCAUCACGCUGAAGAAGCGUAUCAUCAGCGUGUAUGUCUCCCUCUGCGACCUCAAAUCAUUCAUCCAACUCAAUCGAACGGGCUUCUCCAAGGCCUUGAAGAAAUAUGAUAAAACCCUUGACCGCAGUCUGAGGCGUUCGUACAUGAGCACUACUGUCUCCACUGCCUACCCGUUUACAAAUCCCAUUAUGGAGACGCUUAAUGACAACGUUGCUAAGAUCGAGAAGAUUUAUGCGGAUCUCGUCACCAAGGGUGAUCUUGCGCUUUCUAAGCGGGAAUUGCGUUUACAUCUCAGAGAACAUGUUGUGUGGGAACGGAAUACUGUUUGGCGGGAAAUGAUUGGGAUCGAACGCAAAGCACAGGCUGCGAAUAUGGGCGUGCGACGUAUGCUGCUUGCCGGAGAUCAGGAUCCCCUGACUGCACAGAGACAAGGCGAUGAGCAGGAACCCACCACGAAGGAGAUUGUCACACCAGUUGGCAAAUGUCCUGUGCCGGCGUGGUUACUCAGUUCCACGUUUUUCAUGUUGGUGGCCAUCGUGAUUGUCUUUGGUGUCAUGCUGACUGUCCCGAUUAUGAAGACGCCGGAACAGCAGAAUUGUCUUGCCAUGUUAGUUUUUGUCAGUUUAUUGUGGUCUACUGAGGUAAUCCCGCUUUUCGUUACAUCACUUCUUGUCCCUUUUCUGGUGGUCAUUCUCCGUAUCAUGCGGUCUGAAGAAGAGCCUUAUUACCGCCUAAACUCUAAGGAGGCCACUGGAGUUGCUUUCGCGGCAAUGUGGACACCAGUCAUUAUGCUUCUACUUGGUGGAUUUACCCUGGCAGCUGCGUUGUCGAAAUAUGACAUAGCCCGCAGAAUGGCAACGUUCGUCCUGAGUAAAGCCGGGACGAAACCGCGGAUCGUUCUCCUCACGAACAUGUUUGUCGGCAUGAUAUUGAGCAUGUUCAUUAGCAAUGUCGCUGCUCCUGUGUUGUGCUUCUCUAUCAUCCAGCCAAUGCUCCGAAAUCUCCCCACAGACUCCCGUUUCUCCAAAGCCCUCAUCCUUGGCAUCGCUCUGGCCUCCAACAUCGGUGGCGCGGCCUCCCCUAUCGCCUCCCCGCAAAACAUAAUAGCCAUCCAUAACAUGAGUCCCGCCAUAAGUUGGGGGACAUGGUUCUUCAUCUCCCUCCCAGUCUGCAUCAUCUGCAUAAUUCUGAUCUGGUUCCUCCUCCUCGUCACCUUCCGCCCAGGCCGUGGCACCAUCAUCGUCCCCAUCCGCCCCGUCAAAGACAAAUUUUCCGGCAUGCAAUGGUUCGUUACCCUUGUAACCGUCUUCACCAUAGCCCUAUGGUGCGUCAGCCACCAGCUCGAAGCCACCUUCGGCGACAUGGGCGUCAUCGCCAUCAUCCCGCUCAUCCUCUUCUUCGGCACAGGUGUCCUUACUAAGGAAGAUUUUAACAACUUCCUAUGGACCAUCAUCAUUCUGGCGUCGGGAGGUCUCUGCUUGGGCCGCGCUGUCACUUCUUCCGGUCUCCUGCACACCAUUGCGAAGGCUAUUACGGAGCGUGUAGCUGAUUUCAGUCUAUAUGGCGUCCUGAUCACAUUCACUGCACUCAUCCUUGUCGUGGCCACUUUUAUCUCUCACACAGUUGCUGCGCUGAUUAUGCUCCCACUAGUCCAGCAGGUUGGCGCAGGCAUGGAUCAUCCACAUCCCAAUCUGUUGAUUAUGGGCAGUGCGCUCAUGUGUUCGUUUGCCAUGGGCCUGCCGACGAGCGGGUUUCCUAAUAUGACUGCCAUCAUGAUGGAAGUCCCUGAAACCGGCCAGCGAUACCUGCGCGUCCGUCACUUCAUAACCCGUGGCGUACCCGCGAGUGUCAUGUCGUUUGGCGUACUGAUUACGCUUGGAUAUGGGUUGAUGAUUGUUGCAGGUUUAUAG